AUGGUCAUCCCACAGGAUGUUCUAACACUUCAGAUGGCAGUAAAACAUCAAUAAUUGAAAUGUUUGGAAAACUAAGGUUUGGUUUGUGUGCUGUGUUGGUUUUUCCAGACCGCCUGCAGGAUUAUGUUGGAAAAGAGGAGGAUUUCUCUGACCAGCAGCUCUGUGGACAGGAGAGGAAUUCCAGUUUGGACCAAGAGGAACCAGAAGCUCUGCAGAUAAAAGAAGAGCAGCAAGAACCAGAACAUCUCUGGACUAAAGAGGAAACCAUGGAGCUCCUCAUAAUUCAGCAUGAAGAGCAGCUUGUUCUGAAGCAGGAGACCGAAGACCGAAUGGAGGAACCUUUCCAAGGUUUGACAUUUGGAGAAAUCUUUCCAAAAAAAGAACAUUUCAUGGAUCACACGAGCACUCUCUCAGACUGCCUUCAGGAUUAUGUUGUAAAAGUGGAAGAUUUCUCUGACAAGCAGCUCUGUGAACAGAAAAGGAAUUCCAGUUUGGACCAAGAGGAACCAGAACCUCUGCAGAUAAAAGAAGAGCAGAAAGAACCAGAACAUCCCUGGAUAAAAGAGGAAGCCAUGGAGCUCCCCAUUAGUGAGCAGGAAGAGCAGCUUGUUCUGAAGCAGAAGAUUGAAGAUACAGGAGAGAAAUCUUUCCCAUGUUUAACAUUUGGAGAGAACUUUCUGAAAAAUGAACAUUUAAUUGAUCACUUGAGAACUCAAACAGGUAAGAAGAUUUAUGAAUGUCUUACCUGUGGAAAAAUGUUCACAACGAAAUAUAAUCUUCAUACACACAUGAGAAUUCACAUUGGUGAUAAGCCUUUUAAAUGCCUGUACUGUGGAAAAUGCUUCAUUCGGAAAUCCAAUCUUUAUAGACACAUCCGAAUUCACUCAGGUGAGAAACCUUAUUCCUGUCAAAUUUGUAACAAGAAGUUAAUUGACAAGAGUAAUUUGAUUUCUCACAUGAGAUUUCACACUGAUGAGAAGCCCUUUUCCUGUACCAUUUGUAACAAGAAUUUUCUUCAAGAAAAUAGUUUGACCAGACACAUCAAAAUUCACACUGGUGAGAAGCCCUUUCCCUGUACCAUUUGUAACAAGAAUUUUACUCAAAAGUUUAAUUUGACUUCUCACAUGAGAAUUCAUGCAGUUAAGAAUCCCUUUCAAUGUCUGUCCUGUGGAAAACACUCCACCUCUAAGUCUGAUCUCAAUAAACACAUGAGCAUUCAUACAGGAGAGAAACCCUUUUCCUGUACCAUUUGUAACAAGAAAUUUAAUCAAAAGAGUAAAUUGACUUUUCACACGAGAAUUCAUACAGGUGAGAAGCCAUUUUCCUGCACAAUUUGUAACAAGAAUUUUCCUCAAGAAAAUAGUUUGACCAGACACAUCAAAACUCACUCUGGUGAGAAGCCCUUUCCUUGUACCAUUUGUAACAAGAAUUUUACUCAAAAGUUUAAUUUGACUUCUCACAUGAGAAUUCAUGCAGCUAACAAUCCCUUUCAAUGCCUGUCCUGUGGAAAACACUUCACCUCUAAGUCUAAUCUUGAUAAACACAUGAUAACUCACACGGGUGAGAAGGCCUUUUCCUGUACCAUUUGUGACAAGAAAUUUACACUUAAAAGUAAUAUGACUAAACACAUGAUAACUCACACAGGUAAGAAGCUGUUCUCCUGAAUAAUUUGUGACAAAGGUUUUAAAUGAGAAGGUAAUUUGAGUAUUCAGAUUACAUUUAUUCAUGCAUGAUGAAUAAGUGUCUAACUGCUGUGACUGCCCUAACAGUCACAGCAGUUAGACACCAGAAGAAUGAACACUAGAAGCAUUUUCCAUGUUUGACUAAUGAUAAAAUGUCCAUCUAGAAACUCCUUCACCUCAUUACAUGACAAACUCACAGGUUAAUGGUCUUUUUCAAGCUAAGUUUUACGAAAGCCAGCUCUGUUUACAUAGAAACUAGAACAGAUAAGGUUUUAUAUUGUAAACCUGGUAAAUAUUCAGGUCCUGGACGAAUAUGUGGAUGUGAACAUUUGAGUUAAUUAUUUUGGGGCUGAUAAAAAUUGGAUUUAAAUGGCAAAAAAAGGAACGUUGCCCUAACAAAAAAGGUUGUUUACAUUCACAAUUUAUUACUUUUUCUGUAAUGAACGGAAUGAACAAAAUCGUUUUCAAUAGCCACCUUGAAAGGGGGUGCUGGGAUUAUGGGGUUAAACUACGGGACAUUAAAGAACUCAGUUUAGAGGCUGGAGUCUGUAGUUCAGGUAAAUUGAAGUCCUUAAAUGAUGAAACAUGUUUGUUUAAAAAGAUAAACAGGAUUGAUGAUGUUGAUGUUAUUUUUACUGAUCAGUUUGAACCUGCUUUAACUUGGUAAAAAGCCUUUGUCUUAAUAAUGUAUUAAGGAAAUCUGACUCUCCUCUA